AUGCACGAUUUAAGAGCACUCCUGAAUAAUUUGUUAAUAAAAGAUGUUAAGUUGAACUGGUCGGACAAAUACCAAAAAGCUUUUGAAGAAAUUAAAGACGUUUUAAUGUCGGAAUUGUUAUCACAUUUUGACCCAAAUUUAGAAAUAAUAGUGGUAGCAGAUGUUAGUGAAAGUGGUAUUGGACCUGUGAUUUUACCCAAAUAUGAAGGUGGUAGCCUGAAAGCAGUAGCUCAUACUUUGCGUUCAUUAUUGCCGGUUGAGAAAAGUUACAGUCAAAUAGAAAAAGGGGCAUUAGCCAUCAUAUUUGCAGGAAAAAUUUUCAUAAAUUUAGACAUGGAAGAUGGUUCCGUCUGCAGACAAACCACCUCCCAUUAUUGUCGAUCUAUGCAUCAAAAAAGUGUAUCCCUACACAUACAGCCAAAAGAUUGCAGCGCUGGGGAACGAUCCUACUAA